UAUAACAGAUUGAGAGGAUUUACUGAAGAAAUUUUAGAGAAGAAAAUGGAAAUUGGGAUUGAAAUUAUUCCGUACCUCGCAGCUGUGGUGGCAGUCGUCCUAAUCUUCAUAGCUGAACUUCACAUUAUGGUAUUUCUACGGAAUGUGAUCAAGGAAAGAUGUGGUCCUCUGUGUGUGGCGGUCGCUGUGGCCAUUGCGGCUAUAUAUUUCCUUCACUGUUUAAUGGAAGGAUACAUCAGUCACACAACUCUCCAUUUUUUGAUCAUAUUUUUCCUAGCUGUACUAACGGAAGGAUACAUCAGUCACACAACUCUCCAUUUUUUGAUCAUAUUUUUCCUAGCUGUACUAACGAUCAAAAUUGGAAGUAGACAUACCACCGUACUGGAAAUUUUGCUUAGAUGUGUUCACAGAAUCACAAGUGAGAUCAUGGAAACAUCUAAGAAAAUUCAUGAGGACUGGGGUAUCGUUGGCGUUUAUGUGUUCCUUGUGAUUUUGACGUGGCUCAAAGACGUCAUCCUUGACAUACUGCUUCAAACAGAGAGUCGUCAGGGGUGUUAGAGUGGUUGCCAUCCCUGAACCUAGGGCCGUAGCCAACGAGGCGGCCCACCAGAUUCAGGGACGGCAGGUGCCGGGCCAUGAUAAUGAAGGGCGCCAGGGGCCGGCCCAAGAUAAUCAGGGACGCCAGGGGGCGGGCCGCGAGAAUCAGGGACAACAGGCUGGACCGCGAGAAUCAGGGACAACAGAGGCAGGGGCACCAGAGGCCUCAGUGACGUUAAUGAAAUAUGGCACCACAUGCCCUCUGUGCCAUGGCAAUGCAGGUUGAGUACCUGACUCAUUCGGAAGGAAGAUUCUGCAUUUAAAUAAAUUUACCUCAGAUUGUGUCAAAAAAAAGAUUCUAUAUUUAUGUAAAUUUAGUUUAUUUGUUUAUUCUUGAAACAUGUUCCUAGUAUGUCUUGUAUAUGUUCUGAGAUUUAAAUAAUAAAAUAUUUACCUCAGAUUGUGUUGUAACUUCUUUAACGACC